ACCUCGGGCUCCGGCCCCGCUCGGCUGUGGGGGCUCGGGGGGCCCGGCCCGGCCGCUCUGCCCGCGGGGCAGCGAAGGGGAUGUUUACCGGGGGGCGGCUGCGGAAGGGAGCGGGCUGGGCCGGCUCCCCGCGCUCCGCGGUGCCUCCGGAGCGCAGCGCAGGCAUGAGACCUGGGAGUGCCUCAAUCCCUUCAUCAUCAUGCAGCACGUCUCACAACCUGACACGGUGGGGAACUUCUAGUCCAGGGCUGACUCUUUGCUUUUAACUGAGUCCUUGGACUUGAGCACUCAUCCACAUUGCUGAGAUUGUACCUUCAAGAGAAGAGAUUGAUGCUUGUACCUUCAAGAGAAGAGUUUUUCUGAUGGUCGUGCUCCACUCCACCUGACCUAUGAAAGGAGGGUUCACCAUAGCUCCGUCCUUUGCGCUCCAGUUCCACAAGAUGGGCUCAUUCCGACGGCCUCGUCCYCGYUUCAUGAGCUCCCCUGUGCUCAGYGAUCUGCCUCGGUUCCAGGCAGCCMGGCAGGCCAUGCAGCUCAGCUCCAACUCUGCCUGGAACAGCGUUCAAACAGCAGUGAUAAAUGUGUUCAAAGGGGGAGGCUUGCAGAACAAUGAACUUUACACCCUCAAUGAAAAUAUCAGACGGCUGCUGAAGAGCGAACUUGGAUCCUUCAUCACAGAUUACUUUCAGAACCAGCUCCUUGCGAAAGGCUUGCUGUUUAUGGAGGAGAAGGUCAAGCUGUGUGAAGGUGAGGAUCGCAUUGAUGUCCUGUCUGAAAUCUGGGAUCACUAUUUUACAGAGACUCUUCCUACACUCCAGGCAAUAUUCUACCCAGUCCAGGGUCAGGAGUUGACUAUCCGUCAGAUUGCUCUUCUUGGCUUCAGAGACUUGGUCUUGCUAAAAGUAAAGUUGGAGGAAAUUCUUCCCUAUGUCCAGACAAAGCUUCCAGCUUCCAUUGUCCAAAUGCUGUUAAUUCUGCAGAGCGUUCAUGAGCCUAGUGGCCCCACUGGGGGCUACCUGCAGCUGGAAGAGCUGGUCAAGCAGGUGGUAUCACCAUUCUUAGGUUUGUGUGAGGAUCACAGCUCUUCUGGUAGCACCUGCUUGCUUGAGAGGCGGUACUCCAGAUCCCGUCCCAAGGCCCUGACCCCGCUGACAGAGCAGGAGGGCGAGGCUUACCUGGAGAAAUGUGGGAGCAUCCGUCGCCACACGGUUGCCAACGCUCACUCGGACAUCCAGCUGCUGGCCAUGGCCUCCAUGAUGCACACRGGAAUGGUCAUUGAGGAAUCAGACAGCUCUGAGAAAUGCCUCCUGCUGCAGCCCAGCUGCUUCAGCCACAGGCAGUGCUCCAGCGAGCCCAGCAUUGCCGACGGCCCCGAGGGAGUUGUGACAGCAGCCAGCAGGCAGGACCCUGCCGAGCUCAACUGCACCUCUGUCAGCUGAGGAGUGGACAACUGCACGCACUGAGCUGGACAAAGGGUCGUGUUAUCCCUGCUGGGGACAAGAGAGGAACAUAGGAAUUUUGCUCACGUCAUUGAAAUGGCCUCGAGGGUUUUUAUGGCUGAGAAUGCUCUCUAGAUAUGUUCUUUUGCCAGUCUGGGAUCAUUGAUGGAGGUACCAGGCUGUUCCCAAAUGACCACUGAGGGCUGCAAAGCUUUUGCUGUUGAACAGCACAGUCUGCCUUCUGUAAGCUUCCUCCCUCUGCUAAUAUAAACCUUUCGGCAUCAGGCUUCCUUCUUUUUCUUUGGAAUGAUACAAAUUGAGUUCUUUCUGGUUUUCCUCUUCUUUCCCAGUUGUGCUUCUUCUUUGCUCUUUGUCCCUGCAGUAAAGACCUCUGUGCUUGUUCUCUCUGCUUCUGGUGCUAGCAUGGUGAAUGCUGAGCACUGCCUUUCUCUUUUAAAGUUGAACUCAGGGAUGAAACCAUUUGCAUCCUGCAGAAAGAUCUGCUGAGGUGGCUUGUGAAAGAGGGAGAUCCUUCCCUUUGCCUCCCAUCGGCAUGGAUGAAAAGUCCAAAUCAGAAUAAAUCAGACUUACUUGUUUCCCAGACCCGAAGAGAACCCAGUGUACGUGGAAUCUGAGCUGAGUACUUCAUGUGUACUUUAAGUGGUUCCAGUCAUGUCUUGRGGGUUCUGGUAUAAACUGGGUGCAAACAAGGGCUGGGAUUUGUAAAUUGGGUGCAAAAUAUAAUACUGAGCAUCCUGGCAUUUGACAUCAGUUUGCUCUCAAAAUUUCAGUGGUGAUAGGGCUAUGAUGAAAGAGAAAACGACAUGGAUUCCUKUAUGAAGGAGAUGCUGCACUUUGGGAGGUGUAAAGGUGCUCCUCAGCAUUGGGCCAUUGUGACUCCAGACAGGAGGUGACGAUCAGGAUUUCAUCUUUGGGCUGCCCUGGUACUUUUAGCACUUGCAGAUGUUGUGAGACAGGAGAUAAUCAGCGGGAUGUGGAAAGGAGUCCUGUCUCAGUUAUUCGUGAAGUGCUCCUGACCUCCAGUGGUAUCUGACUCAGUGCAGUAUUGCUUUUAAGACAAAGUGAGGGCUCUUUGCAGUCUUUGGUUUCAUUUUUAUUUGGAAGAUCAGGAGUGGGUCCAGUUUGCAGGUGCCUGUGUCAGUGCAAUCUGCAGUGCCUGCUUUGUMGCAUCCCUUGGUACUCCAAUGCUGCUUCUACAGGAACAGAUCCAAGCUGUUCCAGCUGGCCUUGGGAUAUUCUGCUGAUGUCUUGCUAAGCAGGUUUGCAAGUGUAGUUGUAGGCUUAGAGUUGAACUGAAAUGCUGCCACGUUUCAGUUCAACAGCACCACUACCACCUGAAUGUACUCCUAAUGGUACUGGCUGUAAAUAAAUGUGUCUUGACAAGGAAACAGAAGGUUAGGAGGAGCUUUCAGGGUGUUUUUUUGUGUGCUGUGAUGUUAACUGCAGAAUCUGCCCUGCUUCUGUUGGGCAUUAAACAUCUUCUGCUCCAYUGGCUUCUCUSAAAGUACAGCUCUGACCUGCCAGGRUUUGGCAWUAGUAGCACAUGUGGCAAAAAGAAAGCAGAWUAUUUGGCAGCAAAGCAUCUGAAGUACCAGCUAUGAGCAUGAGCUACUCUGCCUGGACUAAUGAGGCUGCUGCUUUGUCUACUGUUGUUUGCAAGUGUUGGGAUACAUGGAAGAGCUUCCUUUUCCCUGCUGUCACCAGRGCUAAGGCCGGGUGUUUGGAUCACCAACUGUGCUUUCUGUGUUGAGAAACAGAGAUCCAGUUGUGCUGGCUGCUUCCUCCUUAGAGAUCCAGUCGAGGCCAGGAAGAUGUGCCUUUCAGUAGCGUUCCCUUCAGAUGGAUUAGAGGAUAAAUUGCUCUCCUAUUCAUAAAUUGGACUGACCAGGCCAACUUAGUGUCACCUGCCCCAGGGCAGCCAKGGGUUGUGUGAGCUUCAGGAUGUCUGUGGUGACAGCUAAGCUCAGCAGGACAUGCUGGUGUCACCUUGGCACAGUCCUCCAGCGUGGGGCAGAUGAAGGUGUCCUGCUCUCAGGUGUUUCCUUUGGCCCCUUGCUGUGAUUGAAAGCCUUUUAGUCACACUGAGGUGUGUGGGGAGGUGAUCACCCUGCAGCAUUUCAGUUCACUGUCAUGAAUGCUUUUCUUCUUCCUGUUUCUCCUUUCUGUUUCUCCUGUAAGCCAUUUGCCUUCUGUAAAUACCCAGACCAUUUGGAUUAGAGCAGCACCCUCUUUUAUGGUGAAAAUUAGAAUGAUUUAUUUAUUUCCUGAUGUAUUUUUGGAUCAUCUCUGGGGCUAAUAGGAGUUAGUCCUGGUUUUAACUUGAAUUUAUUUUGUUUUUACACAUAUGUAUGAUUUUAAUUAUUUUGGUUUUGUAUCUGUUACUUGGCAAAAAUUUGCACCAAGCCCUCUGAAUCAUGCACUUCCCCCAUUGUUUUGUUUUUAAGGAGAAUUAAAGCUGGUGGCUUUACUUYGUAAACUGAAGUAAACAGAACUUGUUCUGU